AUGGGCAGACCAAGCAUUAACCGGAACAUGGAUGAACGAACGCCCCUCUUCGCCAACAUCCGUAUUACUCCUCCACGAAAACGACAAACCCAUGGCGUUGUCCGGAGGUUCUGUAGAAUUGCCCUCGGAUCUUCUCUCAUCGCCCUCCUCGUCGUCUACCUCCUCCCAGUAGCUUUCCUGCGAGACAGACCUCGCCGACACCACCACGUCCCCAACGAGUACCAGAGCUCAGUCACAUACAAGGAGCUGCAGCAGAUACUGCUAGAAACCCCCAAGGAGGAAAAGGCACAAGAAUGGAGCAAGUACUACACUUCUGGUCCCCAUCUGGCGGGCAAGAACUACAGUCAGGUUACGUGGACCCAGGAAAAGUGGGAGGAGUUUGGCAUCAAGGCGGACAUUGUUGCGUAUGAUGUAUAUAUCAACUAUCCUCUCGGCCACCGACUCGCACUGUACGAGAAUAAGAAGGUGAAGAGCAAAGAUGCAGAUGCUUGGAAGGCCAAAUUCGAGGCUAGACUGGAAGAGGACGUGCUGGAAGAGGAUCCCACGACUGGUCUCGAGAAUCGAAUCCCGACCUUCCAUGGAUAUUCCGCCAGUGGUAACGUCACAGCUCCGUAUGUUUACGUCAACUACGGAACAUAUCAAGAUUUUGAGGAUCUGGUGAAAGCCAAUAUCAGCCUUGCAGGGAAGAUUGCGAUUGCGAGAUAUGGAGGUAUCUUCCGUGGUCUCAAAGUCAAGCGUGCUCAAGAUCUGGGAAUGAUCGGCACGGUGAUAUUCACGGACCCUGGCGACGACGGAGACAUUACGGAUGAGAAUGGGGUCGAUCUGUACCCUAACGGUCCUGGUAGAAAUCCAAGCAGUGUACAGAGGGGGAGCACCCAGUUCUUGAGUGUUGCCCCUGGUGACCCUACGACUCCUGGCUACCCAUCAAAGCCCGGCGUACCACGUGCACCUGUUGAUGGUGCUAUCCCGUCUAUCCCUUCAAUCCCAAUCUCAUACGUAGAUGCCAUUCCUAUCCUCACGGCCUUGAAUGGCCAUGGCCCGUCAUCCAAGGAUUUCAACAAGUAUUGGCGAAGGAACGAGGGCCUCGGCUAUAAAGGGGUGGAGUACAACAUCGGCCCAUCUCCGGAUGACCUUGUUCUCAAUCUCGUCAACGAGCAAGAAUAUGUGACCACCCCCUUGUGGAACGUAAUUGGUGUCAUCAACGGCACUCUAUCAGAUGAAGUUAUUGUUAUCGGCAACCAUCGGGAUGCUUGGAUUGCUGGUGGGGCUGCAGACCCAAACAGUGGAAGCGCUGCUCUUAAUGAGGUCGUCAGAUCCUUUGGUGUCGCUCUCGCCAAGGGCUGGAAGCCAUUGCGUACUAUCGUCUUUGCGAGCUGGGAUGGAGAAGAGUAUGGCUUGAUCGGAAGCACCGAAUGGGUCGAGGAGUAUCUCCCGUGGCUCAACCACGCCAAUGUCGCCUAUGUCAACGUCGAUGUUGCUACAUCAGGAAGUCACUUCAAAGCUGCUGCCUCACCACUCCUCAACAACGUGCUGUACGAAGUCACAGCUCUCGUACAGUCACCCAAUCAGACAGUCCCUGGGCAAACCGUCGCCGACGUCUGGGGAGGUCAUAUUGAUACUAUGGGCUCUGGAUCCGAUUUUACUGCAUUCCAAGAUUUUGCAGGCAUCCCAUCCGUCGAUUUUGGUUUCGCGCAAGCCGCCGGCAGCCAGGACCCUAUUUACCAAUACCAUUCGAAUUACGAUUCCUACUACUGGAUGAACACCUACGGGGAUCCGGGCUUCCACUACCACAUCGCAGCCACCAAGAUCUGGUCCCUCUUCACCGCGCGCCUCGCCGAGUCGCCUGUCAUCCCUCUCAACGCCACCGACUAUGCUAUCGCCCUCGAUGGCUACAUCAGCAAGGUCGAAUCCAAGUUGGACGCUGCCAUCAUGGGCAUCCAGAGCGAGGAGGAGGAGUUCGAAGCCCGGGCUCGGCCUACACCCGCCGUGCCCAAGGGUGACUUGACUGCUCUGGAGCAUUCUUUCAAGAAAUUGCACGAAGCGGCCCUUGCACUGACGGAAGUCGCUCAAGCCCACGACGCUUGGGCCGCUGAACUCGCCGUAGAAGCUGGUGACGACAUCCCGUGGUGGAAGUGGUACAGCAAACUCAAGUUGUACUACCAGAUCAGACGGGUGAACGACAAAUACAAGUACAUGGAGCGACAAUUUUUGCAUGAGGAGGGCCUGGACGGACGUCCGUGGUUCAAGCAUGUCGUUUUUGCGCCAGGCUUGUGGACGGGAUAUGCGGGCGCUGUGUUCCCGGGACUGGUAGAGAGUAUCGAUGACAAGGAUUAUGAGAACGCUGAGAAGUGGGUUGGCAUAAUCGAGGGAAUUCUCUGGAAGGCUCACGGGAGCUUGAAGUGA